CAAAAAAAAAAAAAAAAGUUUUCCGCAUUAAUGGUGCCUUCACCUACCAGUUGUCUAGUGGUGAGAGAUUAAUGUGAAGAGAGAGUACACACCACAACGAAGAUGAUGAAGAGAUAGAAAAAACCAAAACCAAAACCAAAAAACCAAAUCUCUAAACACUCUCCGAUGUGGAACUCGGCGGAGAACGCGUUUUCGCGUUCGACGUCGUUUAGAGACGAAAUCGAAGACGAAGAAGAGCUUCGUUGGGCUGCGUUACAACGUCUUCCUACUUAUUCACGUAUCCGUCGAGGUAUCUUUAGGGAUAUGAUUGGUGAGCCUAAAGAGAUCCAAAUUGGUAGCCUCGAAGCUAGUGAGCAACGUCUUUUACUCGAUCGUCUUGUUAAUUCUGUUGAGAAUGAUCCUGAACAGUUCUUCGCUCGCGUUAGGAAGAGAUUCGACGCUGUGGAUUUGAAAUUUCCGAAGAUUGAAGUUCGAUUUCAGAAUCUGAUGGUUGAAUCUUUCGUUCAUGUUGGAAGCAGAGCGUUACCUACAAUUCCCAAUUUCAUUAUUAACAUGGCAGAAGGUUUGUUAAGGAACAUACGUGUGAUUGGUGGGAAGAGGAAUAAGUUAACGAUUUUAGAUGGUGUUAGUGGGAUCAUUAGACCUUCGAGAUUGACACUUCUACUAGGUCCUCCAAGUUCAGGGAAGACUACAUUACUCUUAGCUUUAGCUGGUCGUCUUGGAACUAAUCUUCAGACGUCUGGGAAAAUAACAUACAACGGCUACGAUCUCAAAGAGAUUAUUGCGCCGAGGACGUCUGCGUAUGUGAGCCAACAGGAUUGGCAUGUGGCUGAGAUGACAGUGAGACAGACUCUUGAGUUUGCUGGUCGUUGUCAAGGUGUUGGAUUCAAAUAUGAUAUGCUUUUGGAGUUGGCAAGAAGAGAAAAGCUUGCAGGAAUUGUACCUGAUGAAGAUCUUGAUAUAUUUAUGAAGUCUUUAGCUCUAGGAGGACAGGAGACAAGCCUUGUUGUGGAGUAUGUUAUGAAGAUUCUAGGGUUGGACACAUGCGCGGACACAUUGGUAGGAGAUGAGAUGAUUAAAGGGAUUUCAGGAGGGCAGAAGAAACGGCUCACGACAGGAGAACUAUUAGUAGGACCAGCAAGAGUCCUUUUCAUGGAUGAAAUAUCCAAUGGUUUAGAUAGUUCAACGACUCAUCAAAUUAUCAUGUAUAUGAGGCAUUCUACUCACGCACUCGAAGGAACCACUGUCAUUUCUUUACUCCAACCGUCUCCUGAGACUUACGAGUUGUUUGAUGAUGUUAUCCUUAUGUCUGAGGGACAGAUUAUCUACCAAGGCCCUCGUGACGAGGUUCUUGAUUUCUUUUCGUCGUUGGGAUUUAGUUGUCCUGAGAGAAAAAAUGUUGCAGAUUUCUUGCAAGAGGUCACUUCAAAGAAAGACCAGCAACAGUAUUGGUCAGUUCCUUUUCGGCCUUAUCGCUAUGUACCUCCUGGAAAAUUUGCUGAAGCUUUUCGUUCAUAUACAACUGGCAAGAAGUUGGCAAAGAAACUUGAGGUUCCAUUUGAUAAACGGUUCAAUCAUUCAGCGGCUUUAUCGACAUCUCAGUAUGGUGUUAAGAAGAGUGAACUUCUCAAGAUCAACUUUGCCUGGCAGAAGCAACUGAUGAAACAGAACGCAUUUAUUUAUGUGUUCAAGUUUGUUCAGCUUCUUUUAGUUGCCUUGAUCACAAUGACUGUCUUUUGCCGGACAACAAUGCAUCACAAGACUAUUGAUGAUGGCAACAUAUAUCUUGGGUCGCUUUACUUUUCCAUGGUUAUCAUUCUGUUCAACGGAUUUACCGAGGUGCCAAUGCUAGUAGCCAAGCUUCCCGUUCUUUAUAAGCACAGAGACUUGCAUUUUUACCCAAGCUGGGCUUAUACAUUACCUUCUUGGCUUUUGAGUAUCCCUACUUCAAUAAUAGAAUCUGCAACAUGGGUGGCAGUAACAUAUUAUACAAUUGGAUAUGAUCCUCUUUUCUCCAGGUUUCUUCAGCAGUUCUUGCUUUAUUUCACACUGCAUCAGAUGUCCUUGGGUCUUUUCCGCGUUAUGGGUUCUUUAGGCCGACACAUGAUAGUUGCCAAUACUUUUGGGUCCUUUGCAAUGCUGGUGGUCAUGACUCUUGGAGGAUUUAUAAUAUCCAGAGAUAGCAUACCAAGCUGGUGGAUUUGGGGUUACUGGAUCUCUCCUUUGAUGUAUGCUCAAAACGCAGCUUCCGUGAAUGAGUUCCUCGGCCAUAACUGGCAAAAGAGUGCUGGGAACCAUACCAGCGACUCUCUUGGUCUGGCAUUGCUGAAAGAAAGAAGUUUGUUCUCUGGGAACUACUGGUAUUGGAUCGGUAUCGGUGCCUUGCUUGGAUACACAGUUCUUUUCAAUAUACUGUUUACGCUGUUCCUAGCUUAUCUCAACCCUUGGGGUAAGUUUCAAGCUGUUGUAUCCAGAGAAGAGUUGGAUGAUAGAGAAAAGAAAAGAAAAGGCGAUGAGUUUGUCGUGGAACUAAGAGAGUACUUGCAGCAUUCAGGCUCCAUACAUGGAAAAUAUUUCAAGAAUCGAGGCAUGGUUCUCCCGUUUCAACCACUAUCUUUGUCUUUCAGAAAUAUCAACUACUAUGUGGAUGUUCCCUUGGGACUAAAAGAACAAGGGAUACUAGAAGAUAAGUUGCAGCUACUUGUGAAUAUUACUGGAGCUUUUAGACCAAGUGUUCUUACAGCAUUGGUGGGAGUAAGUGGUGCGGGUAAAACAACGCUCAUGGAUGUUUUAGCUGGAAGAAAAACCGGAGGAACUAUAGAAGGCGAUGUGUACAUAUCUGGUUUUCCCAAAAGGCAGGAAACGUUUGCAAGAAUUUCAGGUUACUGUGAGCAGAACGAUGUUCAUUCUCCAUGCCUAACUGUUGUUGAAUCUCUACUUUUCUCGGCAUGCCUUCGUUUACCAGCUGACAUCGACUCAGAAACACAAAGGGCGUUUGUUCAUGAGGUGAUGGAGCUAGUUGAGCUGACGUCUUUGAGCGGGGCAUUGGUUGGUCUUCCUGGAGUUGAUGGCUUAUCAACUGAACAGAGGAAAAGACUAACAAUUGCUGUUGAGCUAGUUGCAAAUCCUUCUAUAGUAUUCAUGGAUGAGCCAACUUCAGGAUUAGAUGCAAGAGCUGCUGCCAUUGUGAUGAGAACUGUAAGAAAUAUUGUUAACACAGGGCGAACAAUUGUCUGCACGAUUCAUCAGCCUAGCAUUGAUAUUUUUGAGUCAUUUGACGAGCUUUUGUUCAUGAAACGUGGUGGUGAGCUCAUCUAUGCCGGUCCACUAGGCCAGAAAUCAUGUGAACUUGUCAAGUAUUUUGAGUCAAUUGAAGGGGUACAAAAGAUCAAACCUGGCCAUAAUCCGGCAGCAUGGAUGCUUGACGUCACCUCUUCCACCGAGGAACUCCGGCUUGGAGUUGAUUUUGCUGAAAUUUACAGAAACUCAAAUCUGUGUCAACGCAACAAGGAGCUGAUCGAAGUCCUCAGCAAACCAAGUAAUAUUGCAAAAGAAAUAGAGUUUCCAACUAGAUACUCUCAGUCACUCUAUAGUCAGUUUGUUGCUUGUCUAUGGAAACAAAACCUAUCAUACUGGCGAAACCCACAAUACACCGCAGUUCGCUUCUUCUACACUGUGGUUAUCUCUCUGAUGCUUGGAACCAUAUGUUGGAAAUUUGGCUCAAGAAGGGACACACAACAACAGUUAUUUAACGCAAUGGGAUCGAUGUAUGCUGCGGUUCUCUUCAUUGGAAUCACCAAUGCAACAGCUGCACAGCCUGUUGUUUCCAUAGAAAGAUUUGUCUCAUACCGCGAGAGAGCAGCAGGAAUGUACUCAGCACUUCCUUUUGCAUUUGCACAGGUGUUUAUAGAGUUUCCAUACGUGCUAGCACAAUCCACAAUAUACAGCAGCAUAUUCUAUGCCAUGGCAGCGUUCGAAUGGUCUGCAGUGAAGUUCUUGUGGUACUUAUUCUUCAUGUACUUUUCGAUAAUGUACUUCACCUUCUACGGGAUGAUGACAACAGCAAUCACACCAAACCACAAUGUUGCCUCAAUCAUAGCAGCACCUUUCUACAUGCUAUGGAACUUAUUCAGUGGCUUCAUGAUCCCAUACAAGAGGAUUCCAUUGUGGUGGAGGUGGUACUACUGGGCAAACCCGGUAGCUUGGACACUAUACGGUCUAUUGGUAUCUCAAUACGGUGAUGAUGAGAGACCGGUGAAACUCUCAGACGGUAUACAUCAGGUAAUGGUGAAACAACUGCUUGAAGAUGUGAUGGGAUACAAACAUGACUUCUUAGGUGUCUCUGCUAUUAUGGUAGUGGCCUUUUGUGUCUUCUUCUCACUUGUCUUUGCUUUCGCCAUUAAAGCCUUCAAUUUCCAGAGAAGAUGAUUGAUUGAUUACCACACUACUCUCAAAGUCUGAUCAACUCCCUCAUAUUUAUUUAUAUAUAUAGAUUUAUACACAUAUACAAAACACCCACUAUUGUUUAUUUGUAUAUUUGGUUGGGGGCUUUUAUACCCAAGAAGAAGACAGGGGACAGCCUCUGCCAUUACAUGUAUGGAUCAAUAAAAGCCUUGUGUUGUGUUGUGUGUUUUAGUUCUUUUUUUUAAUCAUUUUUUCAUAAAUGUGUAUUGAGUGUAACAGUAACUUGUUUAAAUAUUAUGGUAAUACAGUAAUGAUUGAUUGAGGUACAACAUA